CUGAUCUAUUCCCCUCCCCGUCCAUCUCCUCUUUUCCAUCUCUCGCUCCCGAACAGGAUGUCCACCGCCGCUGAACGCCUUGCCUCUGUCGCGCGCCACCUUGCCAAAGGUCCCGGCGGCGGCGUCAAGAUCAUCGUCGUCUUUGGCGCUGGCCUCAUGGGUGCUGGCAUCGUCCAGGUCGCCGCCCAGGCCGGUUACACGGUACACAUGGUCGACGUUAACGAUAAGGCCAUUGACAACGGCAUCGACAUCAUAAAGAAGUCGGCGGCGCGCGUGGCCAAGAGGGUUGCGCCAGAGCGCGUCGAUGAGUUUGUCACCUACGUCCUGAGCAACAUCAAGACUUUCACCGACCGCAAACAGGCUGUCGAGGGCGCAGACCUCGUCAUUGAGGCGAUUAUCGAGAAUCUCCAGAUCAAACGGGAGCUAUUCGACUUCCUGGACAAGAAUACCAAGCCAGAGUGCAUUCUGUCGUCCAAUACCUCAUCGCUGCUGAUCUCCGACAUUGUCGAGAACCUGCCGCCCCAGCGCCAGAGCGUGUGCUGUGGUCUACACUACUUCAACCCCGUCCCCGCGAUGAAGCUCGUGGAGGUCGUGCGCACCGAGCAGACAAGCGACGAGACGGUCAACAUCGUCUACGACGUGAACAAGAAGAUGGGCAAGGUCGCUGUGCUCGCCAAGGACAAACCAGGAUUCAUUGUUAACCGCCUUCUUGCCGCGUACAAUCGCGAAGCGUUCAAGAUGGUCGAGCGCGGCGACGCCACCGUUGAGGACGUCGACACGGCUAUGAAGCUCGGUGCAGGAUACCCCAUGGGACCCUUCGAGUUGGCCGACUACGUGGGCCUCGACCUAAGCCUGCUCAUCGCUAAAGGCUGGAUCGAGUACGGCAAGCGCGGCCUGGUCCCGGACUACCUUGUUGGCGAAUCCAAGCUCGUGCGUUCGAUGGUUGAGCAGGGACGAACGGGUCGCAAGUCUGGACGUGGUUUCUAUGAGGUGAGUGUAUACGGCUGCCGUUCGCUGGUGAAGCUAACGUGAAGUACAAGGACGGCAGGAAGGUGAAGAAGGGGAACUAGACGUAUUUGAGUGGUGUGACAUGUAAGUUGCCGCGAUGGAUCAGACUGGG